UUUAAAUGUCAAAUUAUCCUGGCUCGGUCGGUGCUUAAGUAAUUCAUUAGAAAUUUAUAAUUUUAUCAUUAAUUGAAAAUUUCAAAAAUGACAAGUGAAUAAGCAUAUAAUCAAACGUCUUCUUGGAGGCUAUUCAAUAACUAUUCAAAAAAAAAAAAGUGGUUAUUAUAAGAGACUGCUUCUUUAUAACAAGUCUUGUAAAAACCUUAUAAUAAAGAUAUAACUUAUGAAAUCGAUUGUGGCUUAACACAAAUGCAAAACCAUAUAUUUAAUAAAAUAAUCUGUUUAUAAACCACAAUUCCAAAUAUGAAUGAAGAAAGAUCUCCUUCAGAUACAGUAUCUGAUAUAAGCUUUAGAGGUUCUGAUCCUGGUGCAGUAAAAUAUGGCAAUUUUAUUAAUUACUACCAAUUCCAUCCACCCGAAAAAAGAAUACAAACACUUCCAACUGAAAUAUGGAGCAAUAUGCAAGAUGAAAAUUGUCAUGUUCUAGACAUCGGAUGUAAUGCCGGGAACUUAACUCAAUCAAUUUAUAGUUUUCUGAAUAAACAAGCACCAAAAACCAACUACAAGUUAUAUGGCAUUGAUAUAGAUCCACUUUUAGUAGAAAGAGCUAUUUUACACAAUGAUUUUAAAAGCAAUGUUUUUUAUAAUUGCCUUAAUAUAAUGAAUGAAAAGGAUCGAUUGUCAAUAUUUAAUUUUUUACCUAGCAAUAAAGUCAAAUACAAUUAUGUAUUUUGUUUUUCGGUUUUAAUGUGGAUACACCUCAACAAUGGCGAUGAAGGUUUAAUUGACUGUCUGAAAUAUUUAUGCAAUAUGACGGAUGUGUUAAUAAUAGAAUUGCAACCAUGGAAGUGCUAUAAAAAUGCAGUAAGGCGAAUGCAAAAAUCGAAUGAUGACUUUGCUCUUUAUAAAUCAUUGAAGAUAAGAAACAAUGUUGAAGAUGAAAUUGUAAGACUAAUUCAAGAACAAGGAUUUAUAAAAAUAUUUGAAUCAUUUAGCAAAGAAUGGAAUAGAAAAAUAAUUAUAUUUAAGGCGAAGUGAUAUACUUGCAUUAUACAAGUUAGAAU